AUGUUUAUACAAUUGCUCUGUUUUUUCUUGUUCUUGUUUCUGCUUUUACAAGCCACCAUGUCUAAACGUUCUUUUAAGAAGUUCGUGGAACAAGAACUCGGAUCUCUUCCUCAUUUCCUCAUCUACACUGUUCUUGAAUGGAGCCUCAUCAUCAUCCUCUUCAUCGAUGGCCUUAUCGCCUUUCUAUCAAACCAAUUCGCCAAAUUCUUCGACCUAAACAUUCCUUGUCUUCUCUGCACGAGAGUCGACCACAUUCUCGUCCCUAGAGACCCUCAAUCGUAUUACAACGAGUCAAUCUGCGACUCUCACAAGAAGAAAAUCUCUUCUCUCGCUUAUUGCCAUGUCCAUAAGAAGCUCUCCGAGAUCAAACAUAUGUGUGAAGGAUGUCUUCUCUCUUUCGCCACCGAGAAAGACUCUGACUGUGAUACUUAUAAGUCUCUCAUCGGAAUCUUACACAAAGAUCUCGAGCUUCUCAUUGAUGAUGAACGAGACCUUCCCUUGGCGUUCAAGAAAGACGACAAUUUUGUUCAGUCAACAAAAAAUCUUGUAGAUCACAAGACUAAUAACAACAACAACAACAUUAAGAAUGAUAGCUUGAAGCAACAUUGUUCGUGUUGUGGAGAACUAUUGAAGAUGAAAUCUGAGAAGUUACCUAAGAACAACAAUUCUUUCCUGGCUCCCGCUCCUUCCCCUAGGGUGUCCAACAAUAAACAGUCUGAAAACGAAUCUGAGUUUAAGGAUCUGGAUAUGGACAGAACACCAAGUUUUGUUAGAGGAGGCAACAAGUUCUUCGGGAUCCCUCUGUCCGAUUCGGCGCAAAACAGUCCACGAUGGUCCGUUCGAUCACUUAAGAAACCCCUUUUGGAGAAGACGGAGAAUACUUCGGACACGGCAGAUCCAAACGGUGAUUCCAUCCUUCAUCAGCUUAAGAAAGAGGUUCGCUUGGACAAGAAGUCACUCAUUGAUUUGUAUAUGGAGUUAGAUGAAGAGAGAAGUGCUUCAGCUGUUGCUGCCAACGAAGCGAUGGCUAUGAUCACGAGGCUUCAAGCCGAGAAGGCUGCUGUUCAAAUGGAAGCUUUGCAGUACCAAAGAAUGAUGGACGAACAAGCAGAGUAUGACCAAGAAGCUUUGCAGUCGAUGAGUAGCGAAUUGGCAAAGAGGGAGGAGGAAAUGAAGGAGCUUGAAGCUGAAUUUGAGGCUUACAGAGAGAAAUAUGGAUGUUUGACAGAUGAAGACGAUGCAAGAGAAGAGUUUCUUGAACGAAACGGCAAUGCCAGUGCAGAUGAUGAUCACCAAGAAACUAAAUCAGUAUCGGAUUUGGCGGUCUGUUCUUCGAAUCAGGAGGAGAAUGGCGAAAGCGUCGAUCAAAAGGAGUCUAUUAAAUCCGAAGAAUCAGGAUGUUUCGCACAAACGAAACAUACAGAAGCAGAAAAUGAUGUCUCUAAAGAUGAAGAAAGAGAGAAUGAAAGCAAAGAAGGGAUAAUGAAAGAGCUUUCAGAGAUCACAGAGAGGCUAAGUGCUCUUCAGUCAAAUGGUGAACUGUUAAAGCAUAUUGCUGAUGUUUUGGAUAUUAGUGAAGGAGAAGCAAUGCUAUUGCAGAUAUCUCAAAACUUGCACAUGCUUCGUAGUUUUGUUGCUAUGCCUUCAGAAUCCACGAACUUGUAAUACAUCUUUUAUUGUUUCUUAGAGAACAAGAAAGCUCCCACGCCUUGUCUCAACUCUGAAAACAUUUUAUUUUAUUCUUUCUCACUAAAAAUGUUUCAGUUUGCUCCAUUCAAAAACCCAACCUUUAAAAUGCU